GGGGUGCGGAGUGAGAGGUGAGGGAAAAUUUGCUAAGUCGAAGCCGCCAUUUUAUAAGAGUUUUCAAGUAAAAUCGUAAAUACAGUUGUUUUCGUUUAGUAGUUAAAGUACUGACAUUUUAGUGUAAAAGUAGUGUGCGUAAAUCAAUAAUUAUUAAACUAAAACUGAAUAUAAUAAAAUGAGUAUGAAAAAGGUGUGUUGACAUCAGAGAGUUAGUGACAUUUGUGUCCUUCCCUUUUGCUACCGAGAAAUACACUUGGUGCUUUAGGCGGAGUGUACUAUUAAAGUCGGAGCCCUGGAAGGUUUAAAAGUACAAACCAUGGGCAACAAUGCCGCUACGGCGAACAAAAAAGUAGAUUCCGCGGAAAGUGUUAAAGAAUUCCUGGAUCAAGCCAAAGAGGAUUUUGAAGAGAAAUGGAAGAGAAAUCCUACUAACACUGCAAGCCUAGAUGACUUUGAACGGAUCAAAACGCUCGGUACGGGGUCAUUUGGCAGAGUCAUGAUAGUCCAGCACAAACCCACAAAAGAAUAUUAUGCAAUGAAAAUUUUAGAUAAACAAAAAGUUGUUAAGUUGAAACAAGUGGAGCAUACUUUAAAUGAAAAGCGAAUUCUGCAAGCCAUCAGUUUUCCAUUUCUCGUGAGUCUAAAGUUCCAUUUUAAAGACAAUUCAAAUCUAUACAUGGUGCUUGAAUAUGUGCCUGGAGGAGAAAUGUUUUCACACCUGCGAAAAGUUGGUAGAUUUUCUGAACCACAUUCUCGUUUCUAUGCAGCUCAAAUAGUUUUGGCUUUUGAAUAUCUUCAUUACUUAGAUCUGAUUUAUAGAGAUCUGAAACCUGAGAAUUUGUUGAUCGAUUCACAGGGAUACCUAAAAGUUACUGAUUUUGGUUUUGCUAAAAGAGUUAAGGGGCGUACUUGGACUCUUUGUGGAACACCAGAAUAUCUUGCUCCUGAAAUAAUUCUCAGUAAGGGGUACAAUAAAGCUGUAGAUUGGUGGGCUUUGGGUGUUCUAGUUUAUGAGAUGGCAGCUGGAUACCCACCGUUCUUUGCUGAUCAACCCAUACAGAUUUAUGAAAAAAUUGUUUCUGGAAAAGUACGCUUCCCAUCACAUUUUGGUUCUGAUUUGAAAGAUCUGCUACGCAAUUUACUUCAAGUUGAUUUAACUAAGAGAUAUGGUAACUUGAAAGCUGGAGUUAAUGAUAUUAAAGGUCACAAAUGGUUUGCUUCAACUGAUUGGAUUUCAACAUUUCAAAAGAAAAUUGAAGCUCCUUUUAUACCUAGAUGCAAAGGACCUGGAGAUACCAGCAAUUUUGAUGAUUAUGAGGAAGAAGCCCUCCGUAUAUCAUCUACUGAAAAGUGCGCCAAGGAAUUUGCGGAAUUUUAAGAGAUUUUUUGGAUCAUACCUAUAUAAUUUAUGUAAGUAGCCUUGCCACUGUCUCAGGCUAGUGACAGACUGCUGCCCGGGGCUCUUCCAUUAACUGGUUUUGUGCUUGCUUGAUUGAUCCUCUGUACUUCUUAUAGCACUUUGAUACCAAGGAUUUAAGGAUUUAACUCGUUUGAUAUUGUAAAGUGUGUCAAAUUGUUAGGGUUAAACUUUGUUAGAAGCUCUAUAUUUAUUGAUUGGAGUGUAUAUUGUAUUAUUUUAAUUAGUUAUUGUAAAUAUUGUAUCAUAGUUCUUUAAAAUGCACUAUUUACAUUAAAUAGUGUGCAAAACAUUCAUUUUCAUAUCAGUGCAGAGGAUUUCAAUCAAUAAUAUGAAAGUAAGGCAUUACCUUAGAAUCAGAGAAAACAGUAAUAUUAAUACAGUAGUUAAUUACUAUGUGGCUGCCUCCAAGUGUUUUUUCUUAUACUUUUAAUGAUGGAUGCAUUAUUUUUUAAAAUUAAUCUCAGUAUUUAUCUUUUAUUUAUUCUAUAUACAUAAGUAUUUUUUAAAUUAAUAGUCCAAUCAUUAUGUAUAUUUUUGCUGUGAACUGUAAGCAAUUUUUAAUUUAAAAAUAAAAUAUUCAAUUGAAAUAAAAAAUUCUACAAAUCCUGAUUUUUCGUAUGUAAUGAUUGGACUAUAAGUCAAUUUAGAAAAAUGAGUCGAUAACAGAUAUAUUACCCUCUGAUUUAGUUAACAUGUUGGUUGUGGCCUCAUACAAUACUAAAUAAGAUUCUCUAGGUUGAAGGGGUUUGCACUAGAUGCCUGCCAAUGUUUUGAGUACAAUUCUGAUUUUUUUAGUUUAUUCAUAUUAAGUUGACCAUUUAAUAUGCUGCAAACAAUUUAUUAUUUCAUUGAUAUGACAUCACUACAAUUUUCAUAUAUUUUUUUAAAGAAAUAAAAUUAGAAUUGUACCAAACUAGUCUAUUCAUUUGCUAAAUGCUUAGUAUUUGAAUAUUUUUGUAACUAUCAAAAUGUAGGAGUUUUACAUUUUUUCUUACUAAUUUAUGUAUUUGUUUUAAUUUUAUAUAUUUGUUGUCAUCUUAUGAUAGAUUUAUUACAUCAAAUAUUUCUUGCAUUAUAAAACACCUUCAAUAAGUCCAGUAAUUUUUUAACCUGGUUUGCCACCUCACACUGCAGGUAACUAUCAGUGCUACAUUGCCAGGUAGUAUUUUUUUUUAUCUGAAUCUAAAUAGAUUUUUCAAUUUUUAGUAAUUCCAGAUUUUAAAAAAAUAAGCUUUGUAGAAAAAACAAUAUUUGAAAUAAGUAUAUUAUAUUUUUUUGAAUAAAGAUGGCGCUACAGACUCUUCUUUUCAAUAUUUAUUUAUAUAUUAAAAUGAAACGUUUUUAUAUCAAAAAUUGGACUUCAUUGCACCAUUCUCUAUGAUCCCAUAAAUAUGCAUGCUAAAUUUCAUACAAAAAUGUUAAAAAAUAAGCAAUUACUUUUACUCCAUAUUAAUAGAGGACAACAAAAUAAAUUAUAGUUACAAUUGUUACAAAAUGAACUUGUGAGACCGAAAAUACAGGGAGUAAUUGAAAUAUAUCGACCAGAUAUGAAUAAUGUCUAAACACCACCAACUUUACCAGUAAAUUCGAAAAUGUAACUGUCUUUUUCUACCUCAUAACUGAAAAUUGGCAUGACUCGAAUUGAGUUAAAUUGGAAAACAUCAAUUAAAAGCCAAUAUUCAAAAUGUUAUUAAAUACUCCUCAACUUCAAGACAGUUUAAAGAUUAACCUAUUUCAAUUACACUCUAAAUAUGUUUCUUAAAUUUUAAUUAAACGAAAAAUCCAGUCAAAUAAUGACCCAAUAGACAACUGGUUUUGCUUUUUGAUUGUUAAAAUAAAAUUUAUUUGUAUGGAUUUUUCAAACUUACUCCUUGCCUGUCUUAUGCCAUAUGGCAUGAUUUUGUUGAAAGCUUGUAUAAGGCUUUUCAUGAUGAGAUUUAAUAAGAAUUAAUUGUGUUUGCUGUCUAAUUAAAGCUCAUUUUAAAGCCUUACAAGUUAGGUUAUCCUGUAGGAUACAUAUAGACUUAAUUGUUAAAUUUUGUUAACUUUUUCUCAUCAUGGUGAGUUUAUUUUAUGCCCAGGUACAUACAGUUUAUUGAAGUCUAAAGGAUCGAAUAUUAGAAUGCAGCAAAACUGUUUUAAUUAGUAUGAUGUCGUAAAUGAAAAAUGUCAAUAAAUGUUUUUAUUUUUAUGUUAGGCUUUGGAUUAAAAAGAUAACUACUUAAGCUAUUUUAAAUUGUUUAUAUCAAAUUUAAUCCCACUUACUGGCAUUUUAUAAUCCUGUUGUGAUGAGAAAUAUAAAAAUUAUUAAAUACUUGUAAGGUAACAUCACAAUUUUAUUGCAAUACGGUAUGCCUUAGUUUCACAUAAUUUCUUUAGAUGUUAACUAUGUUAUAUAUGUAGUAGUCUGUCAGUGUUUUGGUUAAUUAUUAAUUAAUUAUGUACAUGAUCUGAUUUUAUUUUAGACGUUUUGUCUUUAAAACCUUUAAAAGUAGCGAUUGAACCGAAUUUGUUUAAUAAAGUAGGUUAUCAGUGUGUAAGAAUAAAAUUAUAUAUUAAUAUAUUAUUUAGGUACAUCGUCAACAAAUUUUCUUGUUAAUUGGUUAUGUAAAUGUUAUUAGAUUACUAGUCUAAAGAAUUUUAAUUUUAUGAUAUGUCUGCAGUAGCUCCUUUUAACUAUAUACAGAUAAAUCAAGCUUUAAAUUUGUAGCCUUAAUGUGAUACAUUGAAAUAUAUACUUAGCUUUAUACAGG